GUAUUUUGGUAGACCUAGGCCUACUUAGGCCAUUGGCCAGCCAGUGACGUUUUUUUGGGGGGGGCAUAUCGUCUACUAGUCAUAGGUUUGUUUCAAUUUUUAAAAUGUCUACUUUUAAUUGAGCUGAGAUUUUGAACUUCUGUUUUCCUAGCUGGGCUAGAAGGAAAGUCAUUUAAGAUGACAAUACAGGAACAAAAUGGCUGUAUAGAGAGGUGUGUGUGUGUAUAGUCUAAAUAAAAAACGCAGUGGUAAGUUGUAUGGGAAUUUCAAGAACUGUGUACAUUUGACCUUUUAGUAAAAAUUGACAGCAGUAAAAAAGGAAAGUUGUUUUUCAUAUGAUGCAGUUUAUAAUGCAUUUUAUAUUUUAUAUCUUUCACCUGUUGCCUUUUUAAUAAUACUCACAUAUUCUAUGUUUAUUAUCUGAUGUGACUUCAUAUACAGACUCUGUCCCAAGCCAUAGUCAAAGUGGUUAUCCCAACAGAAAGGUACAUGUUUUUACUUUUUAAAAUUGGUGUAAAAACUUAUUAAAAACAACCCGAAAUGAAUAAACCCACAUUUUUAAAGUUUGAUCAAUUACAUCUCUGCAUGCUACGGGGGUCGUUCAGUAUGGGUGAGCAAUGGUUGAGGCAAGCACAAGUAGGCUUAUGACCCCAUGAGGUUUAAUGCUAGCAGACGUAGCCUUAUAGUCCCAUCAGGUUUAAUGCUAGCAGACGUAGCCUUAUAGUCCCAUCAGGUUUAAUGCUAGCAGAUGUAGCCAAAGAGCCCCAUCAGGUUUAAUGCUAGCAGACGUAGCCUUAUAGUCCCAUCAGGUUUAAUGCUAGCAGACGUAGCCAAAGAGCCCCAUCAGGUUUAAUGCUAGCAGACGUAGCCUUAUAGUCCCAUCCGGUUUAAUGCUAGCAGACGUAGCCUUAUAGUCCCAUCCGGUUUAAUGCUAGCAGACGUAGCCAAAGAGCCCCAUCAGGUUUAAUGCUAGCAGACGUAGCCAAAGAGCCCCAUCAGGUUUAAUGCUAGCAGACGUAGCCAAAGAGCCCCAUCAGGUUUAAUGCUAGCAGACGUAGCCUUAUAGUCCCAUCAGGUUUAAUGCUAGCAGACGUAGCCAAAGAGCCCCAUCAGGUUUAAUGCUAGCAGACGUAGCCAAAGAGCCCCAUCAGGUUUAAUGCUAGCAGACGUAGCCUUAUAGUCCCAUCCGGUUUAAUGCUAGCAGACGUAGCCUUAUAGUCCCAUCCGGUUUAAUGCUAGCAGACGUAGCCAAAGAGCCCCAUCAGGUUUAAUGCUAGCAGACGUAGCCAAAGAGCCCCAUCAGGUUUAAUGCUAGCAGACGUAGCCAAAGAGCCCCAUCAGGUUUAAUGCUAGCAGACGUAGCCAAAGAGCCCCAUCAGGUUUAAUGCUAGCAGACGUAGCCAAAGAGCCCCAUCAGGUUUAAUGCUAGCAGACGUAGCCUUAUAGUCCCAUCAGGUUUAAUGCUAGCAGACGUAGCCAAAGAGCCCCAUCAGGUUUAAUGCUAGCAGACGUAGCCAAAGAGCCCCAUCAGGUUUAAUGCUAGCAGACGUAGCCAAAGAGCCCCAUCAGGUUUAAUGCUAGCAGACGUAGCCUUAUAGUCCCAUCAGGUUUAAUGCUAGCAGACGUAGCCAAAGAGCCCCUUCAGGUUUAAUGCUAGCAGACGUAGCCUUAUAGUCCCAUCAGGUUUAAUGCUAGCAGACGUAGCCAAAGAGCCCCAUCAGGUUUAAUGCUAGCAGACGUAGCCUUAUAGUCCCAUCAGGUUUAAUGCUAGCAGACGUAGCCAAAGAGCCCCUUCAGGUUUAAUGCUAGCAGACUGCAAGAUGCUCAUUCCUACAGCACACCAUUGGCUUCCUGCCACCACAGUGUCCAUAUGCUGUUCUCUUCACACAUUUAUCCAACUCUCCCUGCAAACAUCAAUACAGUCCGUGAACCACCAUGCCAUUACUUGUUUGAUGGUAUAGAGGACAUCAAAAGCAUUUUCACUACACUACAUCACCACUCGCAUGCAUAGGCUAAUAAUAUCCAUGUUAUGACGCUAGCUACAUAUUACACUCACAUGACGUACAUACCAUACCAUUCUGGUAGUAGUUGGGUUCUUUAGAGUGACCGGUCCUGCCCUCUGACUAUUGCUCACUCCCACCGACACGCCCCCUUGGCCUCUGUCAUCCAAUCACGGGCUCAGCAACACCUGGCCCCAGCUCAGAUAUCCAAUCCAAACCUCCCAUUAGUCUCAGUGACCUUUGACAUUGGCCUUGGUGAGCAGAACAAGUUGAACUGUCUGCGGCAGCGAGGGACCUGAAAGCAUCAUGGGAUGGAUUGGGAAAGUAUACAGAAUUUUACCCACCAUGCAUUGGUAGGAUCAGCUCCAAUACUAUCUCAUCAAUGUGAUUUGUGUUGUCUACAAAUAAAUUAAAGACAUCCUGUGUUUUUUUUUGUUGGCCACUAAUUUGUCCAACAUGCACCAAUAUUAGAUUACGCUUGAGGCCUAUAAUUCACCCAUUUACACAUUGAUAUUUAUUCAUACAUCAUUAACUAGUGAUUCAUAAUGACCAAUAGAGGGUAUUUUUGUUAUGUAGCCUAUUUAGACCAACAAUCCUGUACUGCUUUGGUUCUUCCAGCCAGUCAGGAGUUCAGGGUGGAUUUGACAGGCACUGUAUUGGCUGAUACGUCACUCAAUAAAGAGUCACUCAAACCUCUCUAUCACACUUGUAUUAUUAUCCAGCUUCUCUGUCCUCCCUUCCUUCUAGUCUUUACUGUGGGGAGAUGGUAGUUAGCAUUGCCUGUUAUAUUGAUUCAUAUAGGCCCAUGCAUGCUUAUGUAACUAGUAGAAGUAAUAACUAGUGUUUUGUUUUUAGACUGUUAAUGGCUCUUAAAAUUGAUUUGAAGGUCUUUUUAUAAUAUCAGAAAUGCUAAGGUCAAACAUUUAGGAAGAGGUUUCUUCCAUCAUUCUUACACAUUAGAUUACUUCAUGUAGUCAAAUAAUACAAUGUUAGAAAUAGUUAAAGUUUAAUCGUCUAGUACAGCGUUUCCCAAACUCAGUCCUGGAGACCCCCAAGGUGUGCACGUUUUGGUUUUUGUCCUAGCACUACACAGCUGAUUCAAGUAAUGAACUCAAAGCUUUGAUUAUUUGAAUCAGCUGGAGCAAAAAAAAAAAAACAUGUACCCCUUAGGGGGAUCUCCAGGACCGAGUUUGUGAAACCCUGGUCUAGUACAUCUGGAUGUGUUGUGAUAGUGUGUAGCCAAGAGGCUGUUUCUCGGUCUCACAAGCAGACAGACAGGCCUCAGGAGAAGAAGGGUCGUCUGCUCUGAAUCCGUUUUGUUUUAACUGUGUUUUUCUUCUAGGAAUUUGCUCUCUCUCAUCCACCGAAUGAUCGAGUUUGUGGUGCGCGAGGGCCCCAUGUUCGAAGCCAUGAUCAUGAAUCGAGAGCUCAGCAAUCCCAUGUACCGGUUUCUGUUUGAGAACCAGAGCCCAGCACAUGUGUACUACCGCUGGAAACUCUACUCCAUACUACAGGGAGAAGCGCCAACAAAAUGGCGGACGGACGAAUACCGCAUGUUCAAGAACGGCUCGUUGUGGCGCCCUCCUCCCCUCAACCCCUACCUACAUGGCAACUUUGAAGAGGGGGAGGAGCCAGAGGAGGAAGAGGAGGAGCCUGGGAAGAAAGGAUGCUUAAAAGAAGAAGAGCGUGAUCAGCUAGAAGAGCUGUUGAGAGGCCUGACUCCUAGGAAGGGUGACAUAGCAGAGGCCAUGUUGUUCUGUCUGAGUCAUGCCGAGGCUGCAGAGGAGAUCGUAGAGUGUGUCACAGAGUCUCUCUCCAUCCUCAAGACACCACUCCCCAAGAAGAUUGCACGUUUAUAUCUUGUGUCUGAUGUGCUGUACAACUCGUCUGCUAAAGUAGCCAACGCGUCGUACUACAGAAAAUACUUUGAGGCCAAGCUCUGCCAGGUCUUCUCGGACCUCAAUGCAACAUACAAGUCGACACAGGGUCACCUCCAAUCAGAGAACUUCAAGCAACGAGUAAUGUCGUGUUUCCGUGCGUGGGAGGACUGGGCCGUGUACCCAGAUCCCUUCCUCAUCAAGCUACAGAACGUCUUCCUGGGUCUAGUCAACUUGUCAGCUGAGGAGGCGGCUUCCACUCCCAUCACAGUAGAGAAACUGCCGUUUGAACAUCUGGCCCCUAGUCUGUUGGCCCAGAAUGAGCCGGUGGAGGACAUCGACGGGGCCCCCAUUGGGGAGGACAUGGAUGGGGCCCCACUGGAGGACGUAGAUGGGGUUCCUAUAGGACUGGACGGGGCUGCCGCGGUGCCCGGCGCCCCUCUAGACGGAGCUUCCCUGGGGCUGGAUGAUCUGGAUGGAGUGCCCGUCAAAGCCCCGGAGGAGGACAUAGACGGACUGCCCUUGGAUCGUGCUGCGGCCAAAGCUGCAUCCUUUAAAGUAGCCCCUUCAAAAUGGGAAGCAGUGGACGAGUCUGAGCUGGAGGCACAGGCCGUGACCACCUCAAAGUGGGAGAUCUUUGAGCAGCCAGAGGAGGAGAAUAAAGACGAGGACGACAGUGAUGAUGAGGACACCAAGAGUUCUCGUUCAGAGGAGCCUCCCAGUUACUCCAACCCCAUCAGAGACGACUUGGACUCCAAGACCAAGCACUCUGAGAUGAAUGAGGACAGACGCACCAAGCUACGGGAGAUAGAGGUCAAAGUGAUGAAGUUCCAGGACGAGCUGGAGUCUGGGAAAAGGCCCAAGAAGUCUGGCCAGAGUCUCCAGGAACAGGUGGAACACUACAGAACCAAACUGUUACACAAGGAAAAAGAAAAGGAGAAACUGGAACGAGAGAAAGAGCGGGAGAAAGAGAGGGAGAAAAAGGAUAAGGAGAAAAGCGAAGCUCGUUUAAAAGACGCCAAGAAGGAGAAGGAGGAGUCUACUCCGACCAGGAGAGACAGGCGCGGUCUGUCUCCUGUGGUUGCUAAGAAACGGCGUCACAGCGGCUCGCCCGGCAGCCCCCCGAGGAGCAGCAGCAGCAGACGUGCUCGCUCCCCGUCCCCCCGCUCGGAGAGGUCAGAACGUUCCGAACGCUCGGACCGCUCCUACUCCAAGGACGUAGCGUCGUCACGAUCCCGAUCCUCCCACAAAGACUCCCCCCGCGUCACCAGCAGCAAGAAGUUGUCCAAAAGGUCUCCCUCUUUACCCCGCACGCCCAAACGGUCCAGGAGAUCGCGCUCCAGAACACCCAAGAAAUCCGCUAAGAAGUCACGGUCAAAAUCACGGUCUCCGCAUCGGUCCCACAAGAAAUCAAAGAAGAGCAAACACUGACAAAUCACAUCCCUGUUCACUCUCCCCUAUACGCCCUCCCCCCCCAACCUCCACGAUACACACCCUCUCCCGUGAUGGAUAAAUAAAAGAAUGAACUGGAGUGGCAGCUCCGUUCCCUGCCUGAAUGUUCCUGUGAAGAAGAGGAUGAUGAAGAGGAGUAAUGGGUAUUCCAUGUUGGGUCUCGAUAGAUCCAGCCUGGUUGCCAGAUGAUGUGUGUCUGGGAUCUAGCCGUGUUGCCAUGUUGGGACUAAAUGGAUGCAGCAGGGUUGCCAUGUUGGGACUAAAUGGAUGCAGCAGGGUUGCCAUGUUGGGACUAAAUGGAUGCAGCAGGGUUGCCAUGUUGGGACUAAAUACAUUUUGCCAGAAUGGAUCUAACCUGUAUAAUAAGAAAAUAUGAGCUGGAUAUGUGUCCUGCCCACUCUUCCACCACCCAAUGGGGUUAAUCCUUGUAGUAGACCACACUCCCAGUGUGAUGAUGUAGUCUUUUUUUCUCCUCGUGAUAUCCUUUUCUUCUUUUCACAAAUUAAUAAAAAGGAUUCAUAAUAAAAAAUAUAAUUUGUCCUUUAACUUUUUGCAACGCAAAUCGUUUCUAGACAAGUCGUAGAAGUCCGUUAACUCUAUUUUGACACAAACCAAAUAUGCAUUAUUUGUCUACAGACAAACGCCGGAAUGAAUUUGAGGUCAGUUAGAAGUUAUAACUGUUAGAAGUUCAACAGAUAAUAGAUAAAACAAACAGUCAGUCUUUUCUGAUAGACAGGAAUCCUAAUGUACAGUAAGGGAAAAAAGGUAUUUGAUCUGAUUUUGUAUGAUUGCACACUGACAAAGAAAUUAUCAGACUGUUUAAUGGUGGGUUUAGUUGAACAGUGAGAGACAGAAUAACAACAACAAAAUCCAGAAAAACAUGUCAAAAAAUGUUAUAAAUUGAUUUGCAUUUGAAUGAGGGAAAUAAAUAUUUGACCCCUCUGCAAAACAUGACUUAGUACUUGGUGGCAAAACCCUUGUUGGCAAUCACAGAGGUCAGACGUUUCAUGUAGUUGGCCACCAGGUUUGCACACAUCUCAGGAGGGAUUUUGUCCCACUCCUCUUUGCAGAACUUCUCCAAGUCAUUAAGUUAUCGAGGCUGAUGUUUAGCAACUCGAACCUUCAGCUCCCUCCACAGAUUUUCUAUGGGAUUAAGGUCUGGAGACUGGCUAGGCCACUCCAAGGUAUUAAACAUAUGGCUGUUCUGUGCCUGAGGACACCCCAAACAGAGAGUUAUGUUCUGUGCCUGAGGACACCCCAAACAGAGAGUUAUGUUCUGUGCCUGAGGACACCCCAAACAGACAAAGAUUCUUGCUCAGUCUGUAAUGACAAUGGUGGAAACGGGGGCAAGUUUGGAAGUCGAUUUAACGAUUGAACUGUUUUUCAAGGUCGAGAGGCAUGAGUCCUCUGAAACACAACCCAACAAAGCUGCACUGCUUCUUGACACAAUGCCCAUCCAACCAGGAAGCCAGCCAUGAAACAUCACCUGGCAACCUGGUCAGCGUGCACUGUGCCCGGCUCGCCACAGGAGUCGCUAGUUCGCGCUGAGACAAAGAUAUCUCUGCCGGCCAAACUCUCCCUAACCCGGACGAUGCUGGGCCAAUUGUGCGCCGCCACAUGAGCCACCCGAGUCGUGGCCGGCUGCGACAGAGCCUGGACUCGAACCCAGAAUCUCUGGUGUCCUUAGACCACUGCGCCACCCGGGGAGGCCCUAAUGUUUUUUCAAGGUUAAACAAAGUUGGUUGAGUUCAUUCCCCGCUGGAUGUAUAGUCCAUAGAGGUGUCCGAGCUGAACGACUGGAUGGUGUUAGGAGAUAGAUGGGAGGGGUUGAUAUAUGCGACACUACAUCAGAUGGUGAACUCUGCUACUCCGUUGUCAUGGUCUACAUAAGUACAUUUGAAUAAAUAUCUACUCUGGU